AUGGAUUCAUCAUUUGAAAUGCUUAAUCGUUCGUCAUAUUUUCCAAUCUAUUCUUAUCCGUUAUCUGUUCCACCUGAAAUCUCAUCAUUCGACUCCAUAUCAUUUCGAUCAAACAAUAAUAAUACAACUACUGAUAGUUUAUCAUAUUAUUCAGACAAUUCAUCAACAUAUCCAUCAACUACCUAUACAAAUUCGAGAUCUCACCCUCGCAUCAAUGAAUUAGACGCUGCUGGUGUUGAUUCAACAAUUGAUCGAUGCAAUAUCAAUAAUUCAUUAUCUUCAUUAUUAGUUCCUCGCUGCAGUGAUCGUUGUCUUGUAUGCAAUGAUCGUUCAUCUGGAAUACAUUUUGGUGUGUUAACAUGUGAAGCAUGUAAAGCAUUUUUUCGUCGAACUAGUCUUUCAUUGUAUUCAAUUCCACAAGCAUGUUCACCAAUUCGAUGUGAAAUAAAUACAAAAAAUCGUAAUAACUGCCCUGGUUGUCGUUUUGAUAAAUGUAAACGCCUUGGAAUGGAUCGAGAUAAUGUUAUUUAUGGAAAACCAUCAAAACAACAAAUUCAUUCAUCGUAUCAUCAAGACUAUCGUUUUGUUGAACAGUUAACACAUUUAUCUAAUGAAUUAAUAAAAAUCUUUCAAAAUAUUCAUUCAGCAUAUCAAGCAUCAUUAUUAAAUUCCUUUGAAGUUAAACAACAAAUAGAUCAAUUUGGACAAAUUCUAUUUCAGUUUUUUUAUGAACAAACAUACCAGAUUUAUAAUGUUAAUUCAUCGGAUGUUAUUCAUCGAAUUCUUAUUCUUAUUUUGGAUUCUUACAAAACUUAUCCCAUUUCUGAUUAUAAUUUUGUUGAAUACAUUAAUCUACAAACGAUACUUUCUGUCUGGUUGUUUGUUUAUUAUUAUGAAACAUUUUUAUUAAAGCAAAAAAUUCCACAUGCAAAAUUAACCACAUUAAUUAAACUUCUUGAUAUGGAAUUAACCAAAAUUAAUCAAUAUUAUGGUCAAGAUAAAAAUAAACUUAAAUUUUUUAAGAUAAAUUUUAUUAACACAUUCACUAUAUUUUCUGAUCAUCUUCAAGAAAUAAGUUUGAAAAAAUAA